ACGGCUGAUGGCGAUUGAUUCAGCAUGUAUACUAUUUGCUGUGGCUUCACCUGAUGUUUCCAACACUUCUGACAUCAUGUGAAGGGAUCCAGAGAGGAUGAAGAGGAGGGGUGAAGAGUACUUAACAUAAAGAACCGUGAUGGAGUCUAUUCAGUCACCUGACAUCCCCAUGGACAGGUACUUCAACAGCACCUGGAGACACCCGUAUGGCCAGGAGACUGUCCUGUCACCUUUCAACAGCACCUUCCGCCUCCAGCACCACAACAGCUUCCACAACACCCUACUAGGUGUCUUCCUGGGCUUCCUGUCAUUGCUCACCGUCAUCAUGAACAUCCUGGUACUCUACGCUGUGAAGAAAGAGCGGACCCUCCACACGGUGGGCAACCUCUACAUCGUCAGCCUCUCCGUGGCGGAUCUCAUCGUCGGGGCCACCGUCAUGCCCCUCAACCUGGUGUAUCUGCUGGAGGACGAGUGGAGGCUGGGGAGGGUCGUCUGUCAGUUCUGGCUCAUCAUGGAUUACGUAGCCAGCACAGCCUCCAUCUUUAGUCUGUUUAUACUAUGUCUGGAUCGGUAUCGGUCCGUCCACGAGCCGCUGAGGUACCUGAAGUACCGGACCAGAGGGAGAGCUAGCGUUAUGAUCUCAGGGGCCUGGCUCAUGUCCAUGACGUGGAUUAUUCCUAUUCUAGGGUGGAGGUCCUUCGUUCAGGUUGACCUCAAACCGGAGAUGGAGAAUAAGUGUGACACUGAUUUCCGGUUUGUUACGUGGUUUAAGGUUUUAACUUCAGUGUUUAACUUCUACCUUCCGUCUCUGUUGAUGCUGUGGUUCUACUCGCGCAUCUACAUGGCUGUGAGACAGAACUUCAGAGAGAGGGAGAGGAUUAUCAAUCCCACAGAUUCCGUGGUGGAAAACCGGAUCGGACACAAAGUCCAAACAGGAAAUAACCACUGCGAGUCUAAGAAAGAAAGAAACUCAGACUUUGAUCAGUACACGUUAGACCAGCCGAACGACUCCACAGAUACAGUUGAAACCAACGCGCCCAGGGAACCAAAGUCUGAGAAAGACUCUCACUCCAGUCAUUCAGUGCUCAGAAUGACAAAACGUCUGAAGACGACUGUAAAGGACAAAAGAAAGAGCGGCUCUUCGUCUUUCCAGCAGAAGAAUUCGGACUCGGAGACCCCUUUGAACAUGUCCUCUUUACCUCUUGGCUUCACAAACUACGACGACGACAACGUUCAGAAACUCUACGUAUCCGUGAACGACUGCAAGGUAGCCGUGCCGUCAAACUCUGUGGCUGGCGUCUGCGAGAUAACCCAGAUAUCUGACAUGCAGAGAUACACCACCAUGUUCUACAACAACGAAUUCACCCAGUCUGUGAAUCUAUCCCCGUCACCAUGUCCCCAUAAUUCACCCCAGUCACCCCCGGCCCAGGAGCACUCGGAGCCCGAUGAUGGUGCUAACCUGGACGCUGUAGCCAACGCUGUGACUCUAAAGCAGACCUGGCAGAAGUUCUGUGCCCAGUCCAGGCAGCGUAUCCAGAGUCUUCAGGUCCAUAAGGAGCACAAAGCGGCCAAGCAGCUGGGCUGUAUUAUAGCUGGGUUCAUGAUGUGCUGGAUCCCAUACUUCAUAGUCUUUAUGGUCAUGGCUUUCUGCCAAACCUGUGUGCACCAUAACCUACAUAUGUUCACGAUAUGGCUUGGGUAUAUUAACUCUACCUUGAACCCGUUCAUAUACCCCCUCUGCAAUGAGAAUUUCAAACGGGUGUUUAAAACUAUCCUACACAUUAAUUUGUGA